CACAAAUGAUCCACUAGUUUUUCAACACAGACGUGCCAUAUUUCACAAAAAUGUGGACUUCUGUUGUUUUGUGUUUUAUAAGUGUCAUAUUAGUCACUUCAGCUGUGCCUAGUCUGAAGUAUUUGAGACGUGGUCCUGACGACUGUGAGCCCGUGAUAGUGGCACAUCGUGGUGCAAGUGGAUAUAUUCCGGAACAUACUCUAGGUGCAUACGCCUUAUCUAUCACUUUAGGAGCAGAUUAUGUUGAACCGGAUCUAGUUAUGACGAAGGACGGCCACCUAAUUGCUCGUCAUGAGAAUAAGCUGGACAUUACUACUGAUGUUGCUGAACGACCCGAAUUCGCAGAUCGCUACCGUACAUUAUCACUUUUUGGUAUAGAAAUGUCUGGUUGGUUUUCUGAAGAUUUUACUCUUGCGGAAAUUAAAACUCUGAAAUCGAUUGAAGCUUUUCCUAAAACCAGACCUGGAAAUACUCGUCUAAAUGGAGCAUUUGAAGUCCCAACGUUUCAAGAAAUCAUUGAUCUUGUAAAAGGUAUGGAAAUAAGUGAGAACCGGACUAUUGGUAUAUACCCAGAGCUGAAAUAUGGAUCUUACUUUCAGCACAUUGGUUUACCCAUGGAAAAAGCAGUAGUCGACGUAUUUCACAAGAAUGGUUACAUAGGGCGUGAUGCACCCGCCUAUAUACAAUCCUUUGAAAUUAACAAUUUAAAGGAGCUCAAAAAAAUUACAGAUAUAAGAUUGUUGCAAUUAUUCGGGCGUAAAGGAGGGCAGCCUUUAGACCAAAUGUUACUCGGGACCAGCAUUACAUACGGUGAUAUGGCUACCCCUGAAGGUCUAGUAGAAGUUGCCAAAUAUGCUGACGCUGUUGGACCUGAUAAAAGUUAUAUAAUACCCCGCGAUGCACAAAAUAGACUAGAUAAGCCGACGUCUUUUGUAAAUGAUGCUCAUGCCGCGGGGUUAAAAGUUCAUCCGUACACAUUUAGGGCAGAAAACACAUAUUUACCAGCGGAAUAUAGAAGUGAAGACCCGUCUGAGAGUGCUAUUGGUAAUUUAUAUGGUGAACUAGAGGCUUUUAUGGCAACUGGAGUAGAUGGAUUUUUUGUAGAUCAACCAGAUUACUUAUAUCGAAUAAGAAAACAGUGCUUUUAGUUGACUAAAUAAAGGUGAAAUACUGUGUUUAUGAUGCUCCUAUAUAUUAGGAUGCAUUUGUAUCAGUCGCUGGCCCUAUUACAUUUUACUGGGUAAAUUGAAAUUAUAGCAACUGUUUACGUUUAAGAGUCAAUGUAGACUAUACAACUGUACCUACAAUUUAAAAAUUGAAAACGAUAUACAGUUAUGCUUAAAAAUGUGGAUUGCUUCAAUAAAUACAAUAACCAACAAAUUUUUUUUGGUAAUUAUUUGACAUUUGUACCCGGUCUAAUUUCAUUCAAUUCUAAGCCAGUAGGAGGCUUGUAUGGAAAGAAUACAGGCGAUUUUGGCACCAUAGCAGCGUCUUUUUCUAUCUUCAAGCAAGUGCAAUCUCUUCUCUCUCUCUACUCAGGUCUCUCUACAUGACCGAGCGAAGUACAGUUCAUCGCUACGCUCAGCAUCAAGUGAAUAAAAUUGUACCCAUGA